UUGUUUUUGUGGGUGAUGCGAUCCCACUGACUUGGUGCCUUUCUCUUGGAUUCUUUCGAUUCUACAGAUUCUAUUUCUGUGUGUGUUUGCUUCUUCUGUCGGAUAGGAUUCAUUCGUUCAAAUUUUGCCAAAUUGAAGGAUUUCGAUCAAGCCAUGGUGACCAGAACGAUAGAUCUCCGGUCAGACACGGUGACGAAACCCACCGAAACAAUGAGACUGGCGAUGGCGAAGGCUGAAGUGGAUGAUGAUGUUUUGAUUUACGACCCGACGGCCCGACAGCUAGAGACAGAGAUGGCCCGAAUUACAGGCAAAGAGGCUGCACUUUUUGUUCCUUCAGGGACCAUGGGUAAUCUUAUCAGUGUUCUAGUUCACUGUGAGAUCAGGGGAAGUGAAGUGAUUCUUGGUAAUAAUUCUCACAUCCACAUAUACGAAAAUGGUGGGAUUUCAACCAUUGGCGGUGUUCAUCCGAGACCUGUACCGAAUAAUGAAGAUGGGACUAUUGAUAUCGAUCUAAUCCAGUCUGCAAUUCGAAACCCUGCCUUUGAGAUUUGUUACCCAAAAACUAGGCUUAUUUGCCUUGAGAAUUCGCAUGCUAACUCCGGUGGCAGAUGUCUUUCUGUAGAGUACACGGACCAGGUUGGGGAGCUUGCAAAAAAGCAUGGGUUAAAGCUUCACAUUGAUGGGGCUCGUAUCUUUAAUGCAUCUGUUGCUCUCGGUGUUCCUGUUCAUAGGCUUGUACAGGCUGCUGAUUCGGUUUCGGUAUGUUUGUCAAAAGGGCUUGGUGCACCAGUUGGAAGUGUUAUUGUUGGGACCAAAAGCUUCAUUGACAGGGCAAGGAUUCUGCGGAAAACAUUGGGGGGCGGAAUGAGACAGGUCGGCAUCCUAUGUGCGGCUGCUCUUGUUGCGUUACAAGAAAACGUUGGAAAGCUUGGGACCGAUCACAAGAAUGCCAAGACUUUAGCUGAGGGGAUAAACAAAAUAAAGGGGCUCAGAGUGGAUGCAGCUUCUGUGGAAACAAAUAUCGUCUAUUUUGACAUAUUAGAGGGUUCGCAUAUUACAGCAUUGAAGUUAGGCCAAAUUUUGGAGGAGCAUGGUAUACUUUUGAUGCCCGAUAGCUCAUCCAGGGUUAGAAUCGUCAUCCACCACCAAGUAUCCGCGAGCGAUGUGCAGUACACCUUGUCAUGCAUAAAGCAAGCGAUAACCGGAGUCGCAGAUUUAAACGGUAGCAGCUGAAGGACAUACUCUAUUUUCAUUUCCAUUUCUAGUUGUGUGAAUGUGCUCGAAUUUAUCGACAUCUAUUAUUUUGAUUUGACACAUUAAUCUGUCGUAUAUCUUUCGUCAAAUAAAAAAGGGAAUUUGCC